AUGUCAAAUGAUGAUCGAAGAACAUUGGAAAGUUUGACAUAUGUUAUGGGAAAGGAGAAACACGAAGAAUCUGAGCUAGAAAUGAAUGGUAACAAAUCGAUCGGUGUUUCUAGUGAGAUUCAUGUUACUAAAGGAAGUGCAAACAAAACAGUUAUUGUUUUAAAAGAUAUAGAUGUGAGUUCUCCUUCAGCUCCAGAAAUAGUCAUCGACGCAAUAACAGCAUUUACAACAAAUUCUAAACUCGAUGAAAGCUCGAACAAUAACCAUCCUACGGAUAACCAACCUAAAGUGGAUUUAAGGGAACAGGAUAAUUCAUCUUCACCAAGCAACAAAUCAUUAAUGUACAAUGAAGCACACGACGAUGAAGGAAGUGAAGAUGGUGAGAUUAUCGAUGAUGACGGUUUCACUUCACACCACUUGCAAACAAAUAAUGAGGAAAGUUGUGAACAUGGAAUCAGUUUAUAUGAGUGUGAACAUGAAUGUGAAGAAAUAUUGUCUGGAUCUGCUUCGCAAAAUAAUGAAAAAAAUGAUGAACGGUUAAACUCAGAUCAUGAAAUAACACAUUUCGCGUCUUUCGGGUGUGUACGUCCGAGGUUGUCGCCUUCUCAGGUUGAACGUCGAAUUCGUGCAAUCCCACCGCCAGAAUUUGUAUAUAAUUUGGAUCAUAAAUCACUGGUUCGUUACGUCACGGAUUUGUUAUAUUUGAGUAAUGAACAAAAGCGAUUGCUCGAAGGUCGUCAGAAACAGUUAGAGAAAAUGAUCACAAUGCAUGCCGAAGAAUUGACAUCAUUACGAGCCUGCGCUCAUUCUAUUAAUGAAUUAAUGAAAACAGGCAAUUUUCCACUCUCUUUGGGGUGUGAAAUUCGUGAUGAGUUGCUAGGUGUCGAGGAGUUUUACAGCAAAGGUAUUCAUUUUCUGUUUCGCUGA